GCUGAUAUAAUACUUGAUUAUUAUUUUUCAAGUCUAGAUAAUCCGAUAAAUAUGGGCCAACUCACAGAAGGUAAAGUACUGACUUGGGAAGAAAUAAAAAAAAUAAAGGACUACGUUCGUGAGCAUGGAAUAAUUCAAUUUAUCAAUUUGUACAAAAGAUGCAAGGACAAACAAGAUAAUGACUUCAAAUGGGGCGAUGAGAUUGAAUACACAAUAGUUAAAUUUGACGACUUGGAAAAAUCGGCAAAAUUAAAUUUAAUAUCCCACAAACUGAUUGUUGAAUUAAACAAAAAAGAAAAUGAGUCUCCUGAGUCAGUGGAGUGUCUCUGGAGGCCAGAGUUCAGUUCUUAUCAAAUAGAAUCAACUCCGGGAAAACCGUUCGGUGCAUCAUUAAAAGAUUUCAAUAAUGUUGAGGCAAAUAUGUUGAAUCGUCGAGUCGAGGCGAUGGAAUUUCUCAAGCCUGGAGAAAGGCUAAUAACAAUAACUUCAUUCCCAAGAUUGGGCUGUUCCAAUUCUAGCGAGCCUCCUGGCAAGCCAACGCCUCACUCUGGGCUCAUCAGAAGUUUGUUUGUCCAAGAAGGAACUCUUUUUCAGGGCCACAAAAGGUGGCAUGCAAUUACCGAGAAUGUAGAGCUCCGUCGAGGAGAAAAAAUAGAAAUUAAUGUUCCAAUUUUCCAAGACAAAAAUGUCCCAAAGCCAUUCAGAGAAGAUUUUGGGCCUCUGGGUGAUGACGGAGAAGCUCAGAGACUUGCCAAGGACGACCAUGUCUACAUGGACUCUACAGGAUUCGGAAUGGGAGGCUGUUGCUUGCAAGCAACGCUGCUUGGUAGAGAUCUCACAGAAGCCCAGGUCUUAUAUGAUCAACUGACAAUAUUCUGUCCUGUGAUGGUAGCACUUACGGCAGCAGCUCCCAUAUUUCGCGGUUAUCUUACUGAGGUUGAUAACCGAUGGAUACCGUCGCUUGGAGCGACUGAUGACAGAACGCGAGGAGAACGAGGUCUGGAGCCUCUGAAGCCUCGAGAGCUGUUGAUGAGAACUGGAAGAAACGGAUCCGUCGAGUGGUACCUCAGUGAAGAAGGCCAGCGGUACAACGAUCUUCCUCUGAGUUACGACGACAAGUGGGUGAACCUGAUGAUGAAAAAUGGAGUCGGAAAAGCUCUUGCUCAGCAUGUUGCUCAUCUGAUGUCGAGAGACCCAGUGUCAAUUUUGUCGACCCAGAUUUACGUAGACGACCAAACUGAAACAACCUGUUUUGAAAAUAUCCAAGGAUCGACUUGGAGAUCGAUGAGAUUCAAGCCACCACCGAGUAAUUCGGAUAUCGGGUGGAGGGUCGAGUUCCGUCCGAUGGACAUCCAGAUGACGGACUUUGAAAACGCAGCUGCGUGCUGCUUUGUAAUUUUGCUGGCCAAGAUAGUUCUUCAUUUUAAUUUAAAUGUCUUGAUUCCGCUGAGCAAGGUCGAGGACAACAUGAUGAGGUCGCAGAAACGGGACGCUGUCAAUAAGGAGAAGUUGUGGUUCCGUAAAGACAUAACGUCCCAUGCAACAGAUCAACCGAUUGAUCAAGAGUACGAUGAGUUUACGGUUGAUGAAAUUAUAAAUGGAAAACAAGGCUUUGUAGGCAUCAUACCGCUGAUUAAUUCUUAUGUUGAUGAUAUGAAGGUCGACGCUGAGACUCGGAGGACCAUUGACCAGUUCUUGAAUCUUUUUAGCAAGCGAGCCAAGGGAGAACUUCUGACCGACGCUGCGUGGAUGCGGAAGCAAGUUCUCACUCAUCCAGAGUACAAACACGACGCUGUUGUUUCCGAGCGUAUUAACUAUGAUCUGCUGAAAAAAAUCGAUCUGAUCGCUCGUGGCCAUCAGACAUGUCCAGAUUUAUUUGGGUCUCAUGCUCUCAAAAAAUUACCCUAA